AUGAGUGAACCAGUUUGGGACCAUGAACACCAGAGGUAUCUGCGGACCCACUGGGACGAACGGCACGGGCGCUACUUUAGAAAUCACUUUGUAGGAGAGCGCUGGGUAUUCUUUGACUGGCUUCCGCCUCACGGUCAACUCACUCGCGCCGAUUCGCCGCAGGAUGUUCGAGCAGGGCCGGCUUCUACCCCGGCUGUAGAGGGGCCAGAGAUCAGAGGCACUUAUAACUACAACCAACCCGCACCGAACAGCCAUGUGGAAUCGUUGGACUCUUCUUAUUAUGUCAGGCCCAGCAGUUUCUUUACUGUUGGCAAGGUCUUCUCGGUCUUGUUCAGUGAAGCCGCUGGCUCGACAGCAACUGCAUACAACAACUCCAUCUCUAUUGUGAAGUAUGGAGAGUAUGUGCAUAGCCAGAUCCGACGUUUCAUCGUAGUCGGGCCCAGGCAUGGAUUUUGCUUCGCCGUCCCCAUCUUCACGUACGGUGGCCAGGGUACGAAAAAGCACGGUGUAUUGCCCAGUGCGCAUGCGAUUGCCUACUCUCUUGACUAUACGCCUUCACUGCUGGAAGGCGAAAGCUUGCUUGACAAGGACCCUAUCUGUAUCAUGAUGGCGCAAGGAGUGCCUCCCCUAUCUCAAGCAUCACGAAUUUUCUUCGGAAUUCACCACCCUACUCAGCACAACGUCAAGGUCAAAGAUAUCGGCGACGUCCACCCUGACCACAUUCACAGGCUCUUGGGUUAUUGGAACACACAAAACUACUCGCCCGGCGACUAA